AAAAAAACUUUAGUGUCAAUCUUAUUUUAUUUGUGAAUUGAGAUAUACAAUAUUUCGUUUAUUUCAGUUUUGUGUGGAAAACAAACAAAUCGUAGGCUCGUGAAUGAAGAUAAUAGUCCUGGGUUUUAGUUAUAUGCGCUAAACUUGUUGACUUUCUGCCACUCGAGUUGCCCACCUGGCAAAUUUGAAAACACUCUGUGAAAUCUCUAACCAAUAGUCAACAGGCGGAUUUAAGUCUCACAGGUGUUGAAAUGUUCAUUUAAUAAAGGGGUAUACUCGUUUCAUUUAAAACUGAAAAUCCCACCAUUUACUAGUAUUAAAAUUUAUUCUUCGGCCACCAUGUGUUUUCAGCGUUGUUUUUCGUUAUUUUUUAAGAAUAAAAGAUCACCGGGCGCUAUUUAAAUAUCUAACAGAUUUGAGCAUGAAUUAUUUAUUUUUAGUCUGUUUACAUUUUCUUUUCAGAUAUCAAAUUAACAAAGUUACUCUUGGUUUUGUUAAACUUUAAAUAGGGGUUACUUUAUUAACCAACCUUUUCUGUGAAAGCUAAUGGUUUUCCCAUUAGAAUAUAACUCCUUUUUGUCGAAUUAAACAGUUGAGUAGUUUUGGAUGGGAAGGAUAAUUUGACUUUUUUUUAAAGACUUGAGAUGAGAUAUUUAUCUCUUGACUACCAACACGAGACAAAGUUUUUGACACAACGUACGGAAGGAUAGCUUAUCACAGACAAACGGAAUGAUAGCUAAUCUACUAUUUUGUAGAUGACAAACAAUUAACACAGUGGCGCGUUUUGUUUAAAAAAUAACUGCGAAAAAUACGCAAAAAAGAUUUUUAUCUAAGUCUCGAUAAGUGAUUGGAAUUUAGUUAACUGCAUGUGGCCAGAUGAAGAUUAAGCGUUCAUCGGCGGUUCUCGUGUAAUAAUGUGAGAUUUCAGACUUUUGUCAGUGCCGGAGUUGAUGUAUAUAAAUGAUUGAUUCGUAGAUGUUCAAGUUAAACAUCAAGAUAAGUUAAUAAACAUGCUGGAUUUAUAUCGCUCUUAAACUUCGUUUUGUUUCAACGCAAAGCAAGAAGCUUCUGGUGUAAAGCUAAAUCAAGGGGAAAACAUAAAACGCUCUUUCGAGAGCUUUACGAAUUAUUCUCCGCCUAUAAAUACAAUUUAGAAUUGUUCGUUUUAUUUCACUCAUGGUCAAAGUGGAUUCUCUUUCAUUGAGAAUGUUUUAUUUAUUUUUCAAUGAAACAAUAUAACUUUACGUUAAAGGGGCUAUUUAUUAUUUGCGGAUUUUAGAGAAAUGGUUAUAUAGCGGUGGUUAAACGUGCCUUUGCAUAUUUUAUAUUAUUAUAAGGCAAGGCAUACCAGGUGUGGGAAAAAUGUAACUAGUCUUGAAAAAAAAUAUUGGAUUUGCCUCAUUCAUGAUAUUUGUUGUUUAAGAUGUAAAAUUGCACGUGAUAUUAGUGUUAUAUAAUCAUACGUUUUCUCGAGCACGCGGUAUAACUUAGAUAUGAAACAGAAGGAUUCACAUUUUAUAGAUUGAUUAAAAGUUUAAAAUGAAUGCGAUUGAAAGUUUUGAUUUAGGUGUGAUUUAACCAAAAUGUUAUCAUUUUGUCUUGAAAAUCCAGCUAAUAAAAGAAAUCGAUUAAACAAAUGGAUGUGUCAUUUGAUUCGGAUUUGCGACCUGGAUAAAUUUAAGUGAGAGAAUAUUUAUACAUCUUGACCAAAAUCCUUUAAAUUCUCACUCAAGUGCUUUUUGGAUAAACAUGUGGAUUUUUAAGGCCCCCAUAGGCCUUUCGGAUAUUUACGUUGUUGUGAUAUGUUAUUUAUUAACUAUUACGCACGUUGACGGAGGAAAGAAAAAUAAAGGGAAAAAGUCCGAGGUAGAGUCAACGGAGGCAAUGGAACGAUUAUCACGUGUGUUCGGGAUCGAACAUGCACCGGAACACAAUGUUCACUCAACGCCCCCUCAGUUUAUGUUGGAACUUUUUAAUGAUAUCACCGACUCUGGCGGUUUAAUAAAAAAAGAUGGUCCGUAUAAUGCAUCAACAAUAGUCAGCUUCCCAGACAGAGCUUAUAAUAAAGAAAUGCACUUCUAUUACAACGUUACAACGCAUUCCAAUGAUCAUUUAUUAGAGUCAGAGUUUCAUUUAUUUCGGAUGACACCAAAGUCGAACCACACUCGUCACUCAUUGCCACAUUCUCGUCUUUCACAUUUAAUUCAGAUAAAAGUUUAUCAAGUUUUAGAUCCUAAUAAUAUGUAUUCCGAUAAUGGUCGGUUGUUACUAGAUCAUAAAAGAGUACGGACGCAUGAUAGAGGAUGGGUUAUAUUCAAUGUCACACGUGCAGUGAGAGAUUGGGCAAGUGGCAAAUUAAAAAAUAACGGAUUUUUAGUAAUAUCUGAGACUAUUCAAGGAGAUGAAUUGGGCCAGGAUGAAGUUAGAUUUGCUCAACGUAAAGCCCAUCACGAUACAAAACAACCAAUACUUGUUGUUUAUACAAAUGAUGGCAGACAUAGAAAACCGCACUAUAUAUCACCUCAAGAUCAAGAGUAUAAGGAGAUAACACGUGAUAUCAAACGAUUGGAGAAAAAAUACCAGCGCAAGAUGCGUUACAGAUACGAUAAUGCCGGCCUUCAAGCGGCAAUAAAGUUUUUGAAUGAAAAGGACAGGGAAGAAUAUGGACAUCCCUUUUUCACAAGGAAAACUAGUGUUAAUAAUAGUAGACGUAAAAGAAGUACUGAGUUAGAUACAAAUGUAAACAGUGUUAAAAGCAAAAGAAACAAUCGCAAAGGUAAGAAAGGAAAACGGGACACUGAACGCCGUUUUAGUAAACAUAGAAAGUCAUGUAACAGGCGACAAAUGUAUGUUGACUUUGAUGAAAUAGGAUGGGCGGGGUGGAUCAUCUCACCUAAAGGUUACAAUGCUUAUCAUUGUAAAGGUGCGUGUCCUUUUCCACUUGGUCAAAGUCAGAGACCAACCAAUCAUGCGACAGUGCAAAGUAUAGUUCACGCCCUUAGAGUAGGAAAAGGCGUCUCUACGCCUUGUUGCGUUCCUAAUAAGCUUUAUUCCAUCAGUUUACUGUAUUUUGACGAUGCUGAAAACGUCAUUUUGAAGCAAUAUGAUGACAUGGUUGCAGCCAGUUGCGGUUGUCACUGAUAAGCGUGUUCAAGUGAUAGAAUAAUCCUUAAUAGUGCUGCUGAAAUAAAGAAUGUGCAAACAAUAGGUCGCGAAAAUCAAUUAAAUCGAAAGCGAGCACAGCUUAUUUUCGCACCUGAGGUUAAAUAGAAAACAUUUAACCGUCUGUCGUGAAUAGAAACUUGAACAAACCAAGGUGAAACACUUGUUCUUGGAAUAACGUUUUGUCUUACAAUGUCAAACAUAUUAAAAUAAUAUGAAAAUGUUAAGAACGCGAAUAGUAGGUUUUCAGAAAUGAAAUGUUCGCAAGAGAAUUAUUUGGAAUCCGUGAAAGAAUGAGGUAACAAUAAGGGUGCCAGUAAUGAUUUUCUAGUGUUAUAUUUAAAGCAUUUUUGUUUUCAUACACAUGUGUCCAUCAACGUGAACUUCGGCAAAGGCUCCGAUAAAUCGACUUUGUCAAAAUAUAGAAACAUACAAAAUAAAGUAGAUUAAGAUAUGACAUUUACAGUUCUGAACAGCAAAUGACUCACAAGCAACAACUUUGAAACCUUCUUAUAAGAAGCAGAUUUACCUUUAAUGCUUGCAUAAAUUUGGAAUGAUCUAAUUAAUUUCAAUAAAUUUAAACUGAUCUAAAGGAGCGUGUGUUAAAACAUGUUUAAUACGAACGUUCAUGAACGUUAUUUUUUAUGUAUGUUUUGUUUAUUUGUUGUUGAUUGUAAUUUCAUGAAAUAAAAUAUGAAAUAUG